GCCCCCCUCAACAAAAAUCCUGGCUAUGCCCAUGGAAAGAUCCCAGUUUACAUUUUCCUAGACCUAGAGGGAAAUGGUUGUAUUUAGCUAGGUAACCCAGAGUAAAGGUAAAGGUAAAGGGACCCCUGACUCUGGGGUUCCGAUGCUCAUCUCACGUUAUUGGCCGAGGGAGCCAGCGUACAGCUUCCAGGUCAUGUGGCCAGCAUGACAAAACCGCUUCUGGUGAACCAGAGCAGCGCACGGAAAUGCCGUUUACCUUCCUGCCUGAGCGGUACCUAUUUAUCUACUUCCUGAAAUCAAUGGAACAAUGUAAGUCUGUAUAUUCAUUUGAAUGGGUCUACUCUGAGUUAGACUAGUACCGUAUUGGAUGCAGCUCAGAGGAACAACAUGUAUGAUAAUGUCAUAGUCUUAUUGAACAGCAUCCAGGAUGGAGGUGAUUCUGGAAGGAAAGUAUUUAUUUAUUUAUUUAUUUAUUUAUUUAUUUAUUUAUUGUGUGUGUGUGUGUCUAACUAGCCACUCCAGCAGGGAUUGUACAGUGGCUUGACACAGAUAUGAGGGUAGUAGCUCCAUAGUAAGGACAUCUUCACCUGUUGCAUCUGUCUGAAAUAGAGCUUUUCUGCAGAUCAAGAACCUUUGGGAGCAUGCUGGUCACUGUUGCAGGUUACGGAGUGGAUUUUGAUCAUGAUGAGUGCAAAGUGGGGAGUGGGGCGGAUCCUGUAGCUGUGGUGAUCAAGGGAAAGACAAAUAUUGUAUUCAAUUUUUUACUGUUCCUUGUUUGUUCUGUGUAUAUUUACCUAAAAAACAAAAACAAACCAUUUAAAAAUAAGAGAAGAGAGAAUAUCAAGCAGUAGCCAACAGCUCUCCAACAUAAUCUCUGUAGAGGGAUGCAUAUUGGGUUCUUGUGAGCAGGUGUGAGAGAGCAGUGACUGGUGCUGCCUGAGUGCUCAGCCCUGUAAGGCAAAAGUGAGCCUGUAAGGCAAAAGUGAUCCUGUAAGGCAAAAGUGCACCUGAGUGUCUCACCAGAAGUGGCAAUAGUUGCAGAGGAGUGCCUGCCUUUGUCAACAGGUAGCCGUGAUAGGAGGCAAGAGAACAUCGUGUAAAAGGCAGCAGGCAGUGCGGUUGCUGUAAAUAAAGCUGUACAGUUUAGACAAGAUGGACGUAGUCGCACAUAGCAAAGGGGGUGUGGUAGAGGGAGACACUUGAAGCAGGCAUGCGUUACAGGAUGUGUUUUCCCCUUUAUUUACUUCAUUGUUGUUGGGAUGGAGUGGAAUUUGGUGAUAGGAAUCUGGAGCCCUAUGGUGAGUUACCUGCUACAGUUAUCGGUCACUUGCAACCAAGUGAAGAUGUACGGCGCCAGAAUGGUGCCUAUGUCUCCACCAUCUGGGGAUGCAGGCCUGGGGAUCAUUGGAUCUUGCCUGUUUUCACACAAUAACAGUGCAUCCUUUCGAAUUUUAUCUGUGGGGUUUUAUCUGCACAACUGGAACGCAUUUCAUUCCAUUUUGGCAACUGUAACCCUGGUUUAAGGAGCCAUUUGGUGCCUAGCUUUAUAUAUCUGAGUUUCUAAUAUUGGAUCAGAGUGGUACAUAGCUCUAUGCACUCUGUCAGCUGAUUUAGGAUGUCUCUGUGUGGGAUUUAUCUAUUGAUGGUGGUGUGCUAUGAAUGGGUCCUAUGCUUUGCCAUGAGGAUGUGACUGGAGUGAUUGUCCAUGCAGGGGUUGCUUAAAUCCCCACCCCCUUCCACUGAUAUCUCAGCUGCUUGUGUGGAUUCUUUGUGAUAGGCUGAGCACUGAUGUAAUAUUGUGCUGUUGAUGGGGACGUGUCUGUGGACUGAAGGAUUGUAGGAUACGAUGUCUGGAGUUCUUCCCUGUGUGGCCCAUGACUCUGCCUGAUAUUGGCCUUUUUAAUCCUGGAACGGCUCUGCCAACAGAGUGCUCUACAUAUCUGUCAGGGCGACAGCCCAUCUGGCAUUCUGCCUGCCUAGCAUGGCUUUGCCAGUUUCUACGGCAAAUCUCAAGUACUGUAUAUGAUUGCCCCCUAAAAAUGAAUAGCUGCAAUGUGUCCUUCCCUGCUUUGUACUUAGCAAAUUCUUUGCUUUGCGAUUUCAUUUGUUUCCUGUUAUAUCAAUAUUAUAAUUGAUUCUGGUUUUGUAUGAGGAACAUACUGCCUGUUAGUAUAUUGAUUGUUCGGGGCAAAUGAGGUUUCUGUGCUUUCCAGGAUAAAUGGUUGAUUUCCUGGGUUUUUCCAUGAUCUGUAUUUGGGUAAUGGGACAGGAUGGACAACUGAAGGCCUAAAUUCGCCCUUUUGUCUAGAAGCCAGCUGCCCACUUCUUUCGGAAGAUGGUCAGAACUAUUUUUCUUGUUAGAGAGAGAAACCUGAGUAGGUUCAAAGAAGAGUCCUUUAUGCUUUGGCCUUGUGCCACAUACUUUAUUUCAUAGCUGCUAUGCUAAAUGAGUUAACUACCAAAGGGUUUUUCAUUAACUCACUUGGCAGCCAUAUAUUUAACUUUUUGAAAAAGAAAAAAAAGAGAGUGUAACUUAAAGAGGACAAAACCUCACACGAGGAACAUUUUGCUAUUCAGCUGCAUAGUUUUAAGAACCAGAUUUAUUUAUUUUUUAAAUCAUUUCCUCCUAUUUGUUCUCUCCAUCUCAACCUGGGACAAGAGUAGGUGGGGGAGAUCUAUCAAUAUUUCAGCAGCUAAUUACCAUAGGCAGCAGUAACUGAAUAUAGUCCUCACCCCUUGAACUCCAAUGUCACCAGUUCCCUCUGUUUUAUUAGGUCAGGCGUGCACCCAUUGUUACACGCUGUGGCAUUAGCAAGAACAUUGUUCAUGUUACAGAACAAGCCAUGGCAGCUUUCAGGCCAACGUGGUGUUAGUAGUGGUGAUGUCUGUUUUCCUGCUUGACACCAAUAGCCAAAUCCUAUGUAUACCUAGUGCUAUUUUUCCAGAAAAAGACUCACCAUGAGCGCCUCGCUUGUCCUCUUAUAAUGACAAUGGUGCCCACCUGAGGGUUGCCCAGAAUUGAAUUCUGGUGAGUUCCGGUUGAAAAAAGGCCCUAUGUAUAUCCAUUUAUUCAUGAUUACAUUUAUAUCACACUUUCCCACCAAGAAGCUCAAGGUGGCAUAACAGUUGCCUCUCACAACAACCCUGUUUGGUAGGUCAGACCUAGGUCAGCCAAGGUCAUUUGGUGAGUCUCGUAGCCAAACAAUUAUUUGAAAACUAGUCUUCCACCCCCACCCCCUGCUCUCCGCACACACACACACACACACCCGGUGCCGGAGCAUGAAGCUCCGCUACUGCUUCCAGGUCCAACAUUUUAGUCACUACACCUGGUGUAGACUUAUGCACUUCUUGAGAGAAAGUCCUGCUGAAAUCCAUGGGGCUUCCAUUGGGGGGGGGGGGAACCUCCAUAGGAUUAACCUGUUUAAGCAUAUUUACAUUUCCCAUAUCUGCCAUGCAAAAAGGGAAAACCCACUUGGCUGAAAUGUAUGUUCUGCUUUCUGCUCUGUAUACGCAGAAAUAGUGGUUCAAAAGUGCACUUACAAGCACAGUCCUAUGCAUGCAUAAACCAGAAGUAAACCCUAUUUUUUUCCUCCAGUGGAACGUCUUCCAAAUCAGAACGCCCAGCCUAGGGUCGGAGGCCGAGGCUUCAGUCCUCUGUACACUAACCCAUCAAACGCAAUGGGACUUCCUCCUGAGCAACCAUGCGUGCGUAGGGGGAAGUGCGCUUUUAGGAUUAUUUCUGAGAACUACUGCAGACAUGCCUGGCAGACCCCCUCAGCGACAUUGGCACCAGUAUGGGAGAAAGGUAGUGUCAUUUCAAGGUGCAGUUGUUUGCAGCAGAAUAGCAGGAGUGGCUUUGCCCUACCCAUUGUAGCAGUGCCAGCUUUUAUUAUAUUCUGGGACUACAAUUAACUAUCCCAGAAGAAGCCAAAAACCCCAGACGACCCAAUACUGGUAAUAAUCAGGAUAAUAAAUGAUGUUUGAGAUUUUUGAGUGGGGCUUGGAGCUGCAAGGAUUGGGGGACGGUAGGGUUUAUACCUGUGAAGGGCAGAGGCAGAGCUGUUUUCUCUCCACGCCCCCCCCCACCCCAAAAACAGCUUGUUGCUGUGUGUUAGUCUGGAGGAAGGAGGGAGGGGAAAGCAGCAGAGAGGCGAAGAAGGGAGGAGCUUCGCCCUGGCAGGCGGCUCUCACCCUCAGUUGUUUUCUCCCCCUUUUUCUGUAGCCAGAAACGUCACACAGCCAUGUAACUGUAAUACAAGAAGUGAAAGAGGCAGAGAGAGAGGGAGGGAGGGAGAGAGAGAGAGAACAGGCACAGCUCAACUUCUAACCCUUAACAAAGGCAAAAGAGAGAGAGGGAGAGGAUUUGUCAAGGCGCUACCCAAAAGAAAAGAAAAGUGGAGGUGGUGGUGGGGGGAGAGACCGCUGCAGCCCCUGAGAAACCAGGCGAGGCUCAAUUUCUGGAGGAGGAGAAGCAAGCAGCUCUGGAGGUUAGAGCGCUGCCCUCUUGGAUUAUGUGGGGCUCCGGUUGGCGGAGGACACUGACUCGGGAGGUCCUGCUUGCUAUCUGACUCAAGAAACGCCAAUGAAUGUUUGUAUCCCAAAUGCUUUUACACAGCUGGAAGGAAACCCAAAUAUGAGAAUGGAGAGAUAAAGGCUCCGUCAUCAGGAAUGCAUGAUUGAAAAAGCAACCCAGUUUCCCAGCCCGAAACAGGGUUCUGCCCUUUUGACUGAUGCUUCUGUGGUGCAGAUGGAUUGUAGCGUAAGCACAAACAUGGAAUUACGAAGAGCCUCCAGUCCUCACAAGAUGAACAAGAGUGAUAUGAAUGCAAACAAGUCUGUGCUGCACAGCUGCUGCAUCUGUGGCAAAAGUUUUCCUUUCCAGAGCUCACUCUCACAGCACAUGAGGAAGCACACAGGGGAGAAGCCAUACAAGUGCCCUUAUUGUGACCACAGAGCUUCCCAAAAGGGCAACUUGAAGAUUCACAUCCGGAGUCACAGGACAGGCACUAUUAGUCAGGGGAAUGAAGUGGAGAUGGGAGGAGAAGCACAGCUCAGUGAGAUGAGAGUAUCUGAAGGCCUUGACGGUUGCACUAGCCCUACCAAAAGCACCUCUGCCUGCAACAAGAUAUUGAACGGAGCAACUCCCAAAGAAGAAGGCAAGAUCUUGCUCAGGAGCAGCAGGAAGGAGUCCUCUGAAGAAGCACCAGUUGGAGAAGAUGUUAAGCUUUGUUCUUUUCCAUGUACCUUCUGCAAAAACAAGUUUGAAGGUAAGAAAGAGUUGGAGCAGCACAUCCAUCAGGUCCACAAACCUUUCAAAUGCAGACUGUGCAACUACAUGACAUUAAGGGAGGAGACUCUGCUAAACCACAUAGAAAGGGACCACAUCACCACUCAGAUUCCAAACGGGGAAACGUACAAUGCCGAGAACUGCAAGGCUGAGUCGAGUGCAGGAGAGUUUCCUUGCGAAGUCUGUGGGCAGGCUUUUAGUCAAACCUGGUUCCUCAAAGCUCACAUGAAAAAGCAUAGAGGGUCAUUUGACCACGGAUGCCACAUCUGUGGCAGGAAAUUUAAGGAGCCCUGGUUUCUCAAAAACCACAUGAAAUCCCAUGGCCCAAAAUCUGGGAGCAAAAACAAGCCAAAAAACGAUUCGGAGCCUAUAGCCACUAUUAAUGAUGUCGUUCAAGAAGAGAUGAUUGUGACUGGUUUGUCCCUGUAUGAAAUUUGUACAAAGUGUGGAAACCUGUUUACAAAUAUGGAAAGCCUAAAAGCACACAAUUCUGUACAUUGCAAGUCUCAAGGAGCCCGCAGUGAACAUAGAGUUGAUAGGCUAGUUGACGGGGACCCCCCUGUUGCAAAGCAGUUUUUCUUCCAGUAUCUGAAACUAAGGCCAUCUGUAGGGAUUGAUGGCGCUCCAAGGGGCCAUUCAGGAAAAAGAGUAGCUGAGCUGGAUCCAGUCAACAGUUACCAGGCUUGGCAUCUGGCUACCAAAGGAAAAGUUGCAGAACCUUCUGAGUACGUGAAGUAUUUAGGAUGGGACGAAGUCCUGGCGGAUGCUGACGUCACUUACGACAGGGACAAAAGGGAAUAUAUUCUCGUCAGCCAAGAGAAGCGCAAACAAGAGCAGGACUCCUCCAGCUCGUCCAGCAAUCCAAAAAAGAAGAAUUGUACUAGUGGGCGUUCAGAAAAAAGCAGCCAUGUGCAGUCGGGAGACAGCUGCAUGCUUAGCCAAGAAGACCUGGAGUAUAGGCCGUCCUCGCGCCAGAGCAGAAGGGUGUCUCAGAACAAGUCCACAGAGUGCUUUGAAUGUGGCAAGAUCUUCCGCACCUAUCACCAAAUGGUACUUCAUUCCCGUGUGCACAGGAAAGACCGCAGAAGCUGCAGUGAAGGGGUGGCAGCCGCUCAGCAAGAUCGGUAUAGAUCAAAUAGUGAGGAUGGCGACUCUGGGUCUGCCAGUGGACCGAGCACACCAAGUUCUGCUUCUGGCCCAGAGGAUUCAGUCACCUCUGGAGUGGGUGAGGAGGGGCCUGAGGAUAGUUCAGAGGAAGGAACGCAAGAGCCACCCCCACGUAAGAAGCCAUACCUUUGCAGUUUUUCUGAAGAAGCACCUCUGGCAACCCUACAGUUCAACCAUGGGAGAAACAUUACAAGAGAAAACAAUGCCAGUGAAUCUAAAACAGAGCUGUCUUUGGUGGCAUCUAUACCAGAAAACAAGACCAGAGAACCCUUUCCAAAACAUGUGGAUUGCAAAAUUUCCCAGGAUUUAAAGAGGUCGGCAUUUCAGCAAAGCCACAAUUUCCCUUGCUCCAGUAGGACGGUUGACUUUGCUUCUAGACUCUGUCCAACGUACUCUGAUGUGAGACUGGAUUUGCAAACCCCGCUGGGCAAGGGCUCUGAGGAGAAUCCUCCUGAUAUUUGUGAAGACCCUGUGUUAAUUGACAGUGCAGAUUUCCCAGAGAAGAUUCCAUUAGAUCUAAGUGAGAAGUCAAGCAGGGCUGAUUCAUGCAAUGCGAGUUUUACCUCAACCUUACAGGCUGCUUUGAUUGUCCACCCGUGCCCUUACUGCAGUCAUAAGACCUAUUACCCAGAAGUCCUGUGGAUGCACAAAAGAAUUUGUCACAAGGUCAGCUGUAACUCUGUGGCUCCCCCUUGGGUCCUUCAAAAUGGAUUCAAGAGCAUAAAACACAACGCCGUUUUCAUGGCACGAAGUGGCCGCACCGGACCCCCUCCUGCUCUUGGUGGUAAAGAAUGCCAGCCUUUGCCUGUCAGCAGAUUCACACGCCUUCAGGUGCCAAGUUUGGGACCUAAAAAUAAUUCUUCUGGUUCUGCUAUGACUGCUAAGCCUGGGGCUAUGCAGAAGGAUGCGCCACUGCCCACUGGUAGCUAUGGUCCACGGUCAUCAGGCACAGAUGGGUACAGGCAGCCCAAACUGAACCACACCCACGAGCAAAACAGCACAGUAUCCCAACAGCCCCAACUGAAAGCAAAAUACGAAGCAAACCCCAAGUUGCUGCAGGCAGGGAGCUUUGGCGUAAGUUUGGCGCCUUCCCCGGUGAUUGUCUCUAAACCCAACUCACAGCCCUCCAACAGCAAACUCGCCGAGAAGUAUACCGUCCCCCAAGUCAGUGCUGGGUUUGUCCCUUUAAGCAAGCAUUGCACUUCAGAACCAGGGAAGGCCAAAUUUUACUCUCCGCCUCAGUACCUCCCCCCGUGUAAAGCUGAGCCAUACCUUGUGCAAGAAGACCCACCUGUGCCUCAGCAAGAUCCGAACACCAAGAAAGAGAAUGAGGCGAGGGCGCUGGUCAAUUGUACAGCAGGAUCCAGAGCAAGUCCUCUAAUGCUGUCCCAGCCUAACACAGCAGGGCCUCUCCCACCUGUACAUUCCACCAAACAGGAGCCACCGUCGGAAGGACACGAGAAGUGCUUGGACAUUUUGAACAUCUUUAAGACCUCCAUUCCAAAGGAUCUCGCCACUCUCUACCAAACAUGGGGUGCCAAUAGCCCUGUAGUGGACCAUGCUGGGAUGCUUAGGACACAAACACGCCAAGGAGACUAUCUCUGCGUAGAGUGUGGAAAGGGUUUCACCCAACCAAGCCACCUCAGAACUCACAUGAGGUCUCACACAGUGGUAUUUGAGUCUAAUGGACUCCGAGGUACUGACGUUCACACCACCUCCGCAGACGCCCCAAAACAAGCGAGAGACCCUUCCAGUGCAGAUAUUGUCCAUACAGUGCCUCUCAGAAAGGGAACCUAAAGACGCAUGUCCAAUGUGUACAUCGGGUUCCUUUUGACAACAGCCAGUACCUUGACCGACGGUUCCUACAGCCUCCAAAUAAUUAUUCUCACAACCCUAUGGAAGAACAGCUGGAAAACCUCCUCGCAAAGCAUCCGGUCCCAGGAGCAACUGUGUUACAAUGAAAUCUGUGCUCUGUGCUUUGCUGGAAAGCGAUGCCUCUGAACUGUUAAUCAUUUUUUUAAAAUAAAUGAAGAAGCUGCAGAAGAUAUAUACAAAUUGACAUACUAAUCAGUCCCCACUGCUCCUUAUUUCCUUUAUAACAAACAGCGGCGCUGGCAAGCUUUCUGGUGGCGCAAGGCAUCUCUAUUAAUCAAGAUAACUUUUUUUAGACACUGGAAAAAUUAAACUUUAUAUGAUUUGGAGGGCAGGACUGCAACAAAAUCCUCCCUCAUGGUUGCUUGAAUCUUUAAAACACACACACACACAGGUGGAUUUGGGAAUGUGGGAUGGAGUGAUUAAUGAAACUGCCAUUAGCUGUCAUGCUGGGGGGGGGGGCACACAACUUUCCCCCCUCCCCUCCCCCCAAAAAGGAAGAAAGCAAAAUGGAGGAGCCAUUCAGUGCUGUGAAAGCCAGGCUUGAUGAAGGACGGAAGGGACUAAAGAGAAAGAGCAUCAUUCUGCAGCGAGGUUGUUUCAUGAUAGUUUGGGGACCACUUGCAUUUCCAGUGGGCUUAUCCUUGACUGCACACCAUUAAUAGUAUGUGAAUAUGGAAAUUGAAACACUUCUUUAAAAUGCUUCUCUUUUCACUUCAGAAAGAAAAGAAAAUGGCUAGUCAGACACUAAAAAAGGAGAGGAAGAAGAAAAACAGGCUUCUGUGUUUAGUUUUGUUUUUACUCUCAGGGCCUUUCUGAUUGUUUGUUUAUCCUGCGAUUUCUUUCAGCGCUACUUUCUGUGACCUGAUCACAAAGGAAAUGUGCAUGCUUUUUAAAAAAUAAAAUUAAAAAGAUUUUUUUGGGGGGGGGAUGAUUCAGCUGUUUAAAGCUGCUGAUUUGUAUGCUUUUAAUAGAAAGAAAGAAAGAGAGAAAGAAAAAUAAGAGUUCAGGCAGACCUAGGCCCUUAGGGUACUUUAUGUGCCUGUAUUUCUGUGCAGCAAGCCAGUUACCCUUUCUGGGCCCUUGUGACAUUUUGAAGAGAGAGGGGAAAAAAAGAUGAAUAGCUUCUUUCGUGGUGACAGGUCAGCGUUCAUCUAAUGUGUCAUGUCCUGUACUUGGUAAUCACUGGGGUAAGGGGGAGAGAAAGGAAGCUUUAUAUACCUCUUCUUACAGUGCAGUUGUAAGGGUUGCAAGUUGUUCACCAUCCAGUGUCUGCAAUUCAUUUUUUUUUAAAAAAAAUAUAUAUUCCACAAGUAUAAAUAUUUUUCUUUCCCUUCAUUGCUAUGACACUAUGUGUGUUGGUAAUAAUUCAGAUUUUCAGAUUUUGCACGUAUAAUUUUAUGCAUCAUCAUCAUCAUCAUCAUCAAAAUGCUGCCUUGAAAAAAAAUAUUCUGUGAAACACUUUUUGCAAAAAGAAGAAGAAGAAGCUUUACUAGGUUUUUAAAAAUUGUAACAUUUUUGUAAAGGCAGAAAAAAGGAUUUUUUAAAAAUAAACUAGCAUGCUAAAUAUAUUUUUCAAAAAAAGCAAUAAUUUUACAUGUACAGAAAUGGCGCUAACCUUUUAAUACUGAUCGAGAGCCACCGUUUACUUUCUACAAAUAAUGGGAUCGUGCUGUCUUUGAAGUAAAUGGGCUUCUUACACAAAGAAUUUUAAAUGUGUACUUUUUCUGUUCUAAUUUUGUUUUUGUCUCUCUUUGAUUUGGGUUUCUACUUAAUUGCAGAUUACUUGACCGUUCUUGCUUUACAGUUGCUGACGAUAAUGCAAUUGAAACGUUUGUAUGCAAUUUGCUGGCUUGGGAUUUCUAUUUGAUUCCUCAUACACCAACUGUAUGCCUGCUGUAAUCCUGGUAUAGCUAAGAAUAUCUGUGCAAAUGCCUAUAUAAGUGAUUGCAAUCUGCUGUCUUUUGAAGUUAUCUUGCAGUCUUGCAGAAAUUUGUAUAGACACAUUCCACACUCCCCACUUCCUGUACUCCACUCCACUCCCCCCCCCAUCCAGCUCGUUUUCUGUCUUGAUUAACACUUGAUCAAUUUGGGAUUCACACUCAAGUGCUACUUUCCCCUUUAUCAAGCACUUAUUUUCCUUGUUUAAAGCAAACAGGUAAGGAUUCAGGAAUGCACAAAGGUAGCUGCUUUGCUUAUUUUGUGUGUUUGUAGUUAUUAAAAAACCCUUCUGUCCCUCAAAAGUUAUGUGAGUGUCAUGUACAGCUGUAAUUAUUUAUGUUGGUUGAUUGUGUUUUGUUGUUGAUUGGGGGGGGGUUGGGGGGGCGUGUGAUGGGUUGAUUUUUGUUUUUGAAAGCUGAUAUGAAAGGAUCUUAGUUAAUAUUAAGACUUUAAAAGCUCCUCCUGGAGACUGUUUACUUCAGGACUGUCUGACGCAGAGAAAGUGCUGUCACUGCCAUUACCAGGGUACUAAUCAGCAAAGUUUACAAUCAUAAUUUAGCUACAUGAAGAACAACAGCAGGGGAAAUCAGUUUAAAUAAUUAUAUGCUGUGUAUAGCACAGAAAUGAGAUUUUCACUUAAUUAAACAAGAAAUGGGGAGGCUGAGGGGGAGCAGUCAUUAAAGAGCAGCCGUUUUCACGUGUGAAUCCCAAGCAUUGUAAUUUCCUCCUUUAUCAUCCAUAUUGUAUCGAUUUGUUAAUUCAGUUAGACCCUAGUACUUAGGAUGAUUUGUGUUCUUAUUUAUUUAGUUCUUUGGGUUUCAGAUAGCUUCCCCCCCCCCUUUUUAGGAAACUUGAUAAUUUUGUAGCAUGACACACUUUGUAAGCCAUCUUCUGACUGUUACAGAGACUUUUCUACUACCUCUAUCAAUCUGUUUCUUUUCCUUAACAGGUUUUCUACAGUGUUGCAGUCUAAUGUACCUUAGACAAUAAAGGGUUCGAUUAUGAGCACUGCAGAUGGUGUAUCAGCUA